CUUAUGUAAACAAAUCCAACUUAUCUUAUGCUUACUUAUGGACCCAAUCUGAAAUAUGAAGUAAAUGACGAUUGUUUAAUGUAUAUCAGGAUUGGUUGAGAAAUGUCGUUAGACCGCCUUGAACAACUUCGUAAUGGUCGUUCGAAAGACCUCGAUAUUUUUCCCGAUCCUGAAAAAGUCCCUGUGGAUUUAGACAUGCAAAGAUUCAAUAAUGGACGUAAAUUUUUUCAGGAUAAUGUUUCUAUGUGCGUUCUUGGAAUGUUUUGCUCCCUUGUAGCAGGUUUCAGCGUUGUUAACCUCUUAGAACCACUAGUUUUUACAAACAAAUCGAACACGGCCAAAAAAUCACUCAACCGUUACUUGGAUACUGUACGUCACGUCGCUCUGUGGCAUUAUGGUGAUAUAUGGGACCCACUAUCCUUGGCUAGAAAAUCCAUAAAGAAAGUUUACGAUAUGCACACUCAUGCCAGAGAUAGUAUGAAGAAAGCAAACAAAACCAAUAGACAUUUUACUCAGUAUGACAUGAGCCUAGUUCAAGCCGGUUUUAUUGGAUUUAUAAUUAUGUAUCCAGAUAGGCUUGGUCUGCGGGGCUCUAGAUCUCAUCUAGAUGACUUUGUUUACUUUUGGAGAUGGAUAGGCUUCUUUUCAGGAAUCCGGGACGAGAACAACAUUUGCAUUAAUGGAUUCGAGGAUGCGUAUCAAAUCUGCAAACAAGUUGAAGAUGAAAUCGUUUACCCCGCACUUUUUAACCCACCAGACCACUUCAACUCGAUGGCAAAAGCUUUUACAGAAGGUCUUUCGCUCUUGACAAAUGUUACCCUAUACACACCAGAGUCUGUCAUUGGUUUUUCUUUGGAUAUGGCACGUAAAAAAAGAAUUAAGGAUGUUGACUUCCUAGACAGUUGCCGGAUAAUUUAUUUAAAAAUAAUCGUUAUUUUAGUAAAAUAUUGUUCCUGUUUCAGAAGUAUGGCCAAUAGACUGACUGAAUCCUUGAUUGUGCCAAAUAAAUUCAUUUUCUGACUUCUA